AUGCCCAUUGAAAACUAUGGAAUGGUUGGAAAUCUUCGAACAAUAGCAUUAUGUAGCACUGAUGGAUCUAUUGAUUUCUUUUGUUAUCCAAAAUUUGAUAGCCCUUCAAUUUUUGCUAGAAUCUUGGAUAGCAAGAAAGGCGGUCAUUUCUCAAUUGUACAAAGUAAAUACUCAAGCGUUAAACAACAAUACUUACCCAAUUCGAAUAUUUUGUCAACAAGAUUUCUUGAUGAAGAAGGAGUGUCUGAAAUCAUUGAUUAUAUGCAUAUUCCAGAAAAAAGUCAUGGAAAUUCUACUCAUAAGCCAUUAUUGCCUUGGUUAGUUCGUAGUUUGACUGCUGUACGUGCUGAAGUUGAUUUUCAUGUUGAAUUGUUUCCAGCAUUUAAUUAUGCACUUGAUCCACAUACAAUAGAAAUAUUAGAUAAUAAGAUAGAUUCAUAUACUGCUUCUAAUACUGUUACCACCAUUACUGAUGAAAAUAAUUCUUAUGUAGGAGACAAAAAAGUCAGAUUUAAUUCUGAAAAUUUUUGUUUAGAGUUGAGAUAUGUUAUUGGAAAUAAAGGAUGUGUUAAUAAUGAAUUACCAACAAUUAAUUUUGAAUUAGUUGAUAAUAAAUAUGAUGACAAUGACAAUGGGGUAAGUGGUGGUGGUAGUGGUGUAGUUAUGGAUUUUCGUUUAAAAGAAGAUCAAGAAGUUAUUUUUAUUUUACGUGAAGUUCCCAAUUUUUCAAAAAGUCAAGAUCAAGAAGCAGAACAAAAGUUAAAAUUUAAAUUAAUAGAUCCACCUUUAAGUUAUGGAUUAAUGAAAUCAUUGUAUAAAAUUACUUUAAGCUAUUGGCAAAAUUGGAUUGGUCAAUCAACAUAUAAAGGUAGAUGGAGAGAACAUGUUCAUAGAAGUGCAUUAGCAUUGAAAUUGUUGACUUAUGAACCAACUGGAGCAGUUGUUGCAUCACCUACAUUUGGUCUCCCUGAAGCAAUUGGAGGACCAAGAAAUUGGGAUUAUAGAUAUACAUGGAUUAGAGAUUCAGCAUUUACAUUUUAUGCAUUGAUGAGAUUAGGAAUGACAGAAGAGGCUAAAUCUUAUAUGAAAUUUAUGGAGGAAAGAUGUCAUAAUUUGGAUGAUAACAAGUCAUUAAAUAUAAUGUAUAGUAUAGAUGGAGAGGAAAAAUUGACAGAGAUUGAAUUGAAUCAUUUAGAUGGAUAUCGUUCAUCCAAACCAGUACGGAUAGGUAAUGGAGCAUAUGAUCAUUUACAACUGGAUAUUUAUGGAGAAUUUAUGGAUGCAAUGUAUCUUUAUAAUAAAUAUGGCAGUCCAAUUGGUUAUGAUAUGUGGGUUACUGUAAGACGAUUGGUCAAUUUUGUGUGUUCUAAUUGGGACCAAGAAGAUAUGAGUAUUUGGGAAGUUAGAGGUCAAAAACAAAAUUUUACUUAUAGCAAAAUUAUGUGCUGGGUUGCAGUUGACAGGGGGUUGAGAUUAGCAGAGAAAAGAAUGUUUCCAUGCCCAGAUCGUAAUAAAUGGUUAGAUGUUAGAGAUAAAAUAUAUGAAGAGGUUAUGACAAAAGCCUGGAAUCCAGAAAGGAAAAUAUUUACACAAUCAUAUGAAUCAAAGGACGAUUUGGAUUCAAGUGUAUUGAUUAUGCCUUUAGUUUUCUUUAUUAGUCCAAAUGAUCCAAGAUUUCUAAGUACAGUUGAACAAAUUUUAUUACCACCCCAAUAUGGAGGUUUAUUGGCAAAUAAUCUUGUAUAUAGAUAUAAUCAUGAGAAAACAGAUGAUGGAUUGGAGGGAAAAGAAGGGUCAUUUUCAAUGUGUACAUUUUGGUUAGUUGAAGCAUUGACAAGAGGAGGAAAAUAUGAAAAGAAAUUAUUGGAGAAAGCAGAACUUUUAUUUGAACAAAUGAUCAGUUAUAGUAAUCAUCUAGGAUUGUAUAGUGAAGAGAUUGCUUGGUAA